UCUUUCAAUUUGAGAGCAUUGUGCCGAAAUACAUUGCAUGAUAAACAAACCUCUUGGAUUAUUUUAAUACUAAGAUUGUAAAUUAAAAGUACAUUGUGUAAGUUCUGCAAGUAUUUACAAGGUGGUUUUGAUUUAAUCAUGGAUUACGUUUUGUUUUUAAAAAUUAUGAUGAAAUAUGGAUCUUUACUUUGUUUGUUAUUACAAUUGGCCACUGCAAUAACAGACAAAGCAGUUAAUGCUUCAUUACUCCAUAAUCAAACUGAUCCAUUGGUUGCGAUUUUUGAUUUAUCAAAAGCAAAUGAAAGUCUUAAUCAGAAUGUUGGUGCAGCCGCUAAAACAAAAAUGGACGAAAUCAAAGAUGAUUUCAAGGAUAAAGUUGGUGUAAACAUUAAUGACGAAAUAAGAUCAAUGGUUGAAGAAGUUUUAUUACAGAAAGGAUAUUACAACUACACUGACGCCGUGAAAAAAAAUAUCGAUGCAAUUUUGCAAAUUAAAGAUGAACAAAAACAGAUGUCAGAAGGAUUUAACAGUCGUAUAAAAAUCAUUUAUACAACUGUUGAGAAAAAAGUUAAACCGAGGGAAUGCGCUGAUGUUGACUUUUUAAAAGAUGGUGUUUACGUAAUUUACCCAAGAGGUGAAAAUCAACCUAAACGUGCUUAUUGUGUUUGGCAAGACAACAGAAAAUGGACGGUAAUCCAACGACGUUUUGACUUCUCGGUUGAUUUCUAUAGAUCAUGGAACGAAUACAAAGAAGGAUUCGGGACUGCUUCUGGAGAACAUUGGUUAGGAAAUGAUUUUAUUCACUCGAUAUCGACAAAUGGACGACACAGAGUGAAAUUCAUCUUGGGUAAGGAUGGAACCAAAAAAUAUGCAGAAUACUCAAAUUUCCGGAUCAAAGACGAAAAGAGUAAAUACAAAUUAAAAGUAUCUGGCUAUAGCGGAACUGCUGGUGAUUCCAUUGACAGUGUUGAUUCUCAAGGGAGAGCAAAUGGACAGAAGUUUUCAACUUAUGACCGGGACAAUGAUAAUAAUAAGAAGUCUAAUUGUGCAAUCAUGAACGAAGGUGGAUGGUGGUACAAUUCUUGUGACUACGCCAGUCUAAAUGACAUGGACAGUUAUAAAAUAAGUUGGUAUUUUCAUAUGGGUUUUCACUUGGAUACAUCCAUGGUUAUGAUAACCAAAGUAUGAAAAUGGCGGGAAAAUGUUACAUUCUGUAAAAACAGGAUCAAAACAUUCGGGAAGCACGUAAACAAUAAGUAAUAUUUACUUUACGGACAUAUGAAAAAUUUACAGCUUUGUGGUAAGAUUGAAAGAAGUUAACCUGUGUUGGUUAACAUCUUCGUACUUUUUUUUUGUGAUGAAUUUGUGUCUUACUGUAAUAAAAAAGACCCUGAUUUCAA